AUGGCUGCCAGCGUUCUUCGCCUCGUUCUCAUCUUGUCGACUCUUUGUUCAGCUGCCUAUAUUGACAAAUCACUCAUUGACAAAGCUGCGCUUGAGGAAUGGAUUGAUCUAGAAGACGAGGACCAAUCGACGCUCAAGGUUGUUAGGGCUGAUCAAGUCACCUCCAAGAGCAAGUUGUCAUACAAGGAGGCUGAAGAGUACUGUGAGCAAGACAGUGCUCACUUGACUUCUGUUCGAUCCCAAGACGAAGAAAACUUUAUAUCAGAGUUGGUACUGGACUUACAUCGAAGAGAUGGAGGUGCUAGCGAUAGCUCGGUAAUGAUUCCUACUGGUUAUUCUGGAGAAUGGUCUGAUAGGUCUUCAAGUGACUACAUGCUUACAAAAAAAGGACUCACAAAGAAAUGCAUUUAUAUGAAUCCAGAAGGGAUCACGAAGGCUUUCAAAGCAAACAUGCAGUUGGCUGAAUGUGAUGAUCUGACUGUCAAUAG